UAGUUGCAUGUUACUAUGCGCUUGCAGAAUCUGUCACAGCUCUACUUCAGUACCUUGCCAACAGGAGCAACGCUAACGCGAACCCUGCUUGUCGAUAAUUUGUCGCAUUGGAUUGGUUAGACGGCGGUAAUAUAGGGCUAGAUUAGCUAACCACUGCCCUGCUGUUCUGUUAUACAACGCUAGGAGAAAAUAGUUUGCAUUUAUAAAGUUAUUCACGAUUUAUUGAUUUAUAUCCAGCCUUAUUUUUGCGUUUGUUUUCUUCAACGUGAGCUGGUUACAGAAUGACAGCAGAAAGCAGGCUGUUUUUUAACGUUAUAUGUCCAAAUGGAGAUUUUGGCAGAGUUCAUGCCAAUCUUUUACGCGGGCAAAGCGAUGCAAGUCAGUUUCACUUUCAGGAUGGGAAUACUCCUCAUACAGCUGGAACAUGACUGCAAAAUCUGUAUCCUUUGCGAUGCUACAGCAUUUUCCUGUGUAGUUUAAUGCCUGUCUGUCUUUAUGGCGCAGCAUCUCUGUGUGGGAUACCAUGGAGCAGCUAGAAGAGGAACUUACGUGCCCAAUCUGCUGCGGUCUCUUCGAAGACCCCCGGGUUUUGCUGUGCUCUCACAGCUUUUGCAACAAAUGCUUGGAGGGACUGUUGGAGGGAAACCGAGGUCCAUAUUUCAGAGCACCUAUCAAAUGCCCCACAUGCCGCAAAGAGACCCCUCACAACGGCGCCAACAGCCUGCAGAUCAACUACUCUCUACGUGGGAUUGUGGAUAAAUACAGCAAAAUAAGGGUUAUGCCUAAAAUGUCUGUUUGUAAACAACACUGCGGCCAGCCUCUAAACAUAUUCUGCGCCACGGAUUUAAACCUAAUCUGUGGGUUUUGCGCGACAACAGAUGACCACAGAGGGCAUACAUUCUGCUCCUUGGAGGAGGCGUAUGAGCAGGAGAAGGAGGCGUAUGAAGAGCUGCUGCGCGGGGUGGAGAGCUGGCAGAGCGCAGACAUCCUGACCUGCCUGGAGACACUGCAAGCCAGUAAGAAAAAGGCACUACAGUAUGUGACCAAGGACGCAGCAAAGGUGACAGAUUAUUUCGACAAACUCAUCAGUAACAUUGAAUGCAAAAAGAAUGAGAUCCUCUCCGAUUUUGAAACGCUGAAGCUGGUGGUAUUGCAGGCGUACGACCCGGAGAUCACCAAGCUGAGCGCGGCGGUGGAGGAGCACACACGGGUGCUGGGCAUCGCCGAGACUUUCCGGAGUGUAUCCGACCCCCUGUGCUUUCUGCAGCAGAUGCAGGAGUUUCGGGAGAAGUUUAAGGUCCUGAAGGAGACUCCGCUGCCCUCUCGGAAAGACACGGACGUCGGUCCUCUCGUGCGUAAUUUCGAUGUGAAGAAGUGGGACUCACUGAGGCUCAGAGAAGUGGACAAGAUCUCAGUCCCCCACGAGAAUGGCCACUACCGAGUGGGGGGAUCACGGAUGCCAGCGUCGAGAUGGAUCACUUUAUUAAUAAGUGUGUUACUGCCGAUUCUGCUCGUGCUGCAGCCGCACAACCUGGCACCCUACGUGCCGUCGCAGGUUGGACCGAUGCUCACUGCUGUUUCCUCGCACCUGACCCACACUGGGGUGUACCUGCGGGAGAUUACUGACAUGUGCUCAAGUUUAGUGGGUGCAGGUCAGGAAUGUAUCGUGAACUUAUUUCACUAUACUGUCAGUGUUAUUGACACGUUGUUUAAUGAAUAGCCUGUGGCAUCUCUGUCGUGCACUCACAGCUACAUUCCAAGGGACCCUUGACGCGCAUAACACUAAUGACAGAUAUGCACUUCAAUAUAUGGAAACACUUUUUUUUUUAUGUCUUUUUUUUCGUUUUUGGCCAAGCUCCAACCUCAUUGAAGCCAACGAAUUAAAUAAAAAUCAACCACUAAUGAACAGUUAGCAGUAACAGAUAACGGUAACCUACAUUUACAUAGAUAGACACUAUCGAUGUGCAAUCUACUUUCUCUUUUUUUCCCAGUAUAACACACUCCAAGAUGAUUUUGAUAAAUAAACAGUGAAAUUUAAGUCACGUCCAUGUUUGUUUUUUUAUUUAGUGCGUCAUGCCAACUCAGCCCAUUUUUUUUUUAGAGGCACAAGCAAGCCUUACGUGUGUAAUAAAAUAAUUGACAGUGUAAUUCCUGGCCUCUUCCCUGCAGAGCGCGUCAGCACCACAGUGAUGCUGCAACCUCUUCAAGGUUACACGCGUUGCAUAACAGGGCCCGUGUGAAAUAUUCACCAGGCUUCAGAUACAAUUGAAGGAGGGGAAAAAGAACACCGUAUAUGUUUAUGAUAUAUCCAUGAAAACUGACAGCUGUUUUUCCCCCCCAUCAUUGAUAAUAAUACUAUAAGGCAAUACACGAUUGUCACGUCUGCAGGGAAGUGUCUUUAUUUCCACACAAGAUCUAUUUGCGGAGAUUCACGUGACUCGUUCGUUGCAUGACUUGUCCGAUCUAUAAAGUCAAACAUCUGCAGCCUGUUAACUUAAGACUGCAGUUCAGACGUAUUUUCUGCAAUGCAUUUGAAUUUGCAGAACACUGAAUUGUAAGCCUUAAAUCAAAAUGCAAGUGUGUGUGGAAACAUCGAAGCAAGGCUAUUCAAAUGAUUUCCCAUUUAGGUUAGGAUGGGAGACUUUUGGCUCAUCACCAAAUAAUGGUCUUAACAGAAAAAUAGGCCAUAUAGCGAACAGUGAAUAGUGCAUUGAUUACUUAUCCUUAUGUGUAUCUAUUCUCCUGAGCAGAAGUUGAUUUUGAAGUAGAGUAAAUUGAUAGAAAUCCUAAAAUCAGACCACAAAGUGAACCCGUGAUGUCAGCACUGACCAUAAUUCAGGAUGUACGUCAUGGCACGCAUGUACAUAUAUAUAGCCUUCUGUUGCCAGGCAAAUACAGCAUGAAAAUAAAUGGACCACUCUACAUUAAUAUUUUAAUUGUCAUGGCACGCAAAUUUGAAUAUAGCCUUUAAAAACGUUAACAAAAUCCAAAUUAAGACAAAAUGUUGUUUCCGAUUUUAGACUUUUUUUUAAUCAUUACCGAAAAGCCAGGUCGCAUGGUGAGCCGCUCUACAUCUACACAGGCCUAUGGUGUGGCUUAAUAAAAACUACAUUUAAAGUCGAAUUUGCUAACAAUCCAGAUUACAUAAUAUCCAGAUGAGUGCAAAGCCAAUUUGAUGUCUCCACUGUUCAGUCACAUCACUGCAGGAGCCACAGUUUUGCACCGAGGCUCUGAGUGUGUGAGGGGGAUUAAAGACUUUUUGUAUCCCUGUAAUAAAAUGCAUAAUUUUC